AUGUCGCAUGCUGCUAUUAAAAUCCCAGAACCAGCAUUUACUAAAGAUAAAACAGGAUCACGCGAUUCAAUGGAAGAAUGUGUCUUGAAAAUCUACGAUUUUCAAAAUUCCGUUCAAACUGAACAAACACCACCACCACCGAUAAUAACUAAUCGUCAAAAUAAAAUAUCUUUAUUUUGUGAUGAAUCACAGUAUGAUAAAGGUUUAUGGUUUUCAUUAUUGUUCGCGGCAAUCGCCUUGGCCAGUUUUUUGGCAUUUGUGAUUGUGUUGGGACAGUUAUCGAAACA